UCCUACCCCACCCUCACAAAUUCCAAUACUGCGCGUUUCUCUCUUAUCUAUCUUCCUGCCUGCCUCUUUCGCAUGCGGGUGUGCAUGCAUGCAACGUUCGUACUCCCUAACCCCAGUCUUUCGAAUUGAGUGAUAAAUUAUUUUUUAAUCAUCAUUUCCCAUCAGUCAAUGGAAGGAUCAUUUCUCCAGGCAGUUGAACGGUGAUGUCAUUCCAGAAAUUGUAUUGGACUCCCCGCCGAAGUUGGUAGUUUCCAUCAGUUUCAACAAGUAGCUGCUCUGUGGUAAUCACAUGGCGUCGGAAUUUAGAAGUAGUGUUCAUCGGCAAUAAAAUCUAGUUUCAAGUUUCCAAAGAUGCGAAUUUGACAGCCAACAAAGAAGCCUUCAACUGUGAGUGUUGAAACGGUACAUGCGCUUUCUAAGAGGUCUGUCAGUCGAGCUGUCGUUUCCUUUUUUUUUUUUUUUUUUAUGGAACUGUUGGUGAAUGAUUGAUAUUCUUCUGAAGAAAGAAUUACUUGUUGAGCCUGCGUGCUUUUUCCCGCGAAUUUUUUGUAAUAGCUCAGUUUUGGAAGCUAUAUACUGCUACGUCUUCCACUGAAAUUAAUAUUGAUUGUUUGGAGGCUUUUUUAAGUAUAAAAUUUCCCAACAUUUUCUAAUAGAUUUCAUAUAUUAAGAAUUUUGAAAUACUUUUGAUGAAGUGAUUGUUUUUCUUUAUUGGUUUCUCAUAUCCUCGAAAAUAAAAUAAAGAAUGAUAGUUUUUGUUCGCUUUUCAUCAAUCUUUCUGAAAGCUGAAGGUUGCUUGCCACUCAUGCAGAAAAUUUUUUGUGAAUGGAUUCCCACGUUGUAAUUUCAUAGCAGUUGAAGCAAGACCAAAGAAUGCUGAAUUGUUUUCAAGGAGCUAGAAAGUAAUUAGUGUUUUAAGAUAACAUUCGUUUUGAGGACCAUGGAAGAUUCCAACAGCUGGACGAGAAGAAAUCAUCAUAGACACACCAACGACUGGAUUUUAGAAAAUAACUUGGACGUUAUUCCCACCACUACAAAUCACCCGCAUUUUGUUCGAAUCGAAUUGCACCUCGCGAAACUCGAUUCGUUGAAGAGCAAAAUAGCAGAGCUUACUACUAUCAUUCAGCACACGGCUCAAGAAAGGGACCUUAUAGAGAGGCAACUCAAUAAAACACAGCUCGAUAGGUUGCGGCUAGUUCGUGAACAGGAAGAGCGGCUGGACCAGCAAGCCCAGAGGUACGAAGAAAGGCUGACCGAACUUCACAGCGUCAUUGCAGAGCUCACCAAAAAACUAGAAGCUCAGAGGGCGAAUGUGAUAAAGGAGGAAGACGAAUGCAGUCAACAAUCUGGCGAAGAAUCCAGGCAGAGUGAAACACAGAGUCAUUGUACGAGUAAUGACAAUAACAUUACAGAAUCCUGUAGCGAAAGAGAACUUUCCAGGUAUGGCGGUGAAGAAGAUUCUCGGCAUGAGAUUUCUCGGACGAUUCUCCAAGAAGGGGAAGAGGCGAGCAGCGGUCUCGGGGACAACGAAAGUUCUGAAGACCGGCCCCUUCAAAACGGACGGGAUCGCGAAAUGGAAGGUUUCAGGGAGAACCGAGCCACUUCAUGUCACAGUCUUCAGAUCUCGCAACUACAGGAGGAAGUGAUUGUACUGAGAGCUGAGAAUGCGGCGCUGCAGGAACAGCUCGGAAGACAAGAAAACGAGCUGAAUCGCACGAGGGCGGCGCUUUCCAGCUGUCGGGAAGAAAGGGACAGGUUUUCGAGAAGGAUUCGAGAAAUGCAGUCUAAACUUGCUAGUCUUCAAUCCCAAAGUUCUCAAGGUUCCCAGACGGGUAGCUCUCCGACCCGGAGCAAGAGUCCCCACAUCAAUCCGACAACCGGGGAGAGGACGCCGACGUCCAGAGAAGAUGUUCCUAUCGCCAAAAUGGCAGAAAGAGUGAGACUGAAAAAGGUGGAGAGUGGGGAUCGACACAUACUUGGCUCCGAGAUUUCAAGUCUUGGGCUAUCAACCACCAAAAUGGCAGAGCAUCUAGCUCAGAACGUUCACGAAGAGUCCCAUGCUCAGGAAAUUUUCCAAACCUUGUUCUCAACGGGCUCCCCUGUCCCUGAGAACAAAAUUCGGGAAUUCGAAGUGGAGAUGGAACGCCUGAACAGCCGCAUCGAGCACCUGAAGUCCCAGAAUGACCUUCUCAGUCUGACUCUGGAGGAGAGCAAAGGGCAGUGUGACAGACUCAGCGUCCUCAUCGGAAAGUAUGAGUCGAACAAUACUGCCCUCCAGUUGGCCCUGUCCUACAGUGAUCAGGCAAUUGAGACCUUCGAAGUGCUGCUAGCAUUGUUGGAGUCGGAGCAAGAUCAAAUACGUGCCAAUUGCAGAGCUGUAGGCCUAGUCAAAUCUGAUGAUGAAAAUCAAGAAAAAAUCAUGGAACUCUUGAAAGAAUCGCAAGAAAACAGAAAACAAGCUGAGAACAUGGCAAGGCAUUUCCUGCAGAAGCUUGAUAGAAGCUACGGUGUUUCCUGUAGAAUGGGUGGUUGUCAUAUUAGCCCGUGGGAAGAUCUGUCUUCACACAGUCAUACAACAAGUACUUCCAGUUCUGUCUCCAGUAGUUGUGAUGGAGAAUUUACCAAAGUAGAUGAACGUAGAUUGCGUGAUUAUAUCACACAAUUGAAGAAUGAUAGAGCAGCUGUUCGCACAACUGUGGUGGAAUUGGAAAGCGUGUAUGUGGAUCCAACUAGUAAAGAACCACCAACAAUUAUUGAUGCUCAAAAAUUAGAUCUGGAGAAUGCCGUCCUCAUGCAAGAAUUAAUGGCAAUAAAGGAAGAGAAGGCAGAAUUUAAAGCUCAAGUGUAUCUGUUAGAAAAGGAAAAAACUUCUCUGGAACUGCAGUUGAGUAGCAGAGAAGCUCAAGAGCAAGCUUAUUUGGUGCAAAUAGAGCAUUUUAAAAGUGAAUUGCAAGAACAAGCAGAACUAAUUGAAAAACUUAAAUCCUCCAAUUUAAAUCAAAAGAAUGUUAGCAUCGAUGAAAGUGAAACUGCUGAGAAAGUCAACAAAUUGAAAACCAGAAUCCAGGAACUGGUUCAAACAAUAGAAAAAGUCACUAAAAACUCUGAAUUGAGUGCUCAGCAAUCUGUUGAAUUUGUGAAUGAUCUAAAGCGUACUAAUAGUGCCUUGGUUAUUGCUUUUGAGAAGGCAAAGAAAAAACAACAGACCAAAGUUAAAAAACUGGAAAUGCAAAUGAGUUCACUGACAGAAAGACAUAAUGCUCAGGUGAGAAUGCUGAAACAGCGGAUAGCUAUGUUGGAAAACGAAACUGGUCAUCGUCUGCUCCAAACUUCAUCCAGUUCUGACCUUCCCAUAUGAUGAAGAACUGAAGACCGGACUCUAGUGGAACAAAAUACGCUCAUGUACAUAUACCAUCCUAACAGUGGCAUCCAUUUUUAAGAUUGUUUCUCUUUGAUUUCACAGAUUCUCCACUCUUCUCUUCCCGAAUUUAACUAUAGAGGCAGUUACAAAAUGUCAAAGCUAGAUUAUUUCGAACCUGUUUAUCGAAUCUUGUGCAAGUUUUAUCAUCUCCAAAUAAGGCUGCCAUUUAAAAUUGGAUUGCCUCAAGUGCUGUUUGGAAGUCGUAGCCAGUUGCUGUUUCUUGAUACAUGAUGUGGCAUUGUAAUUUGUUAUUUAACUACCAGCUUGAAACUAUUAAAAAAGAGUUGACAAACACUAUAUAGUUUACCUAAAUAUCCAAGAACCCAGAGGGCAUUAGAUUAUCAGUAAAAAAUAAUAAUCAGUCUACAAAUGAAUUCAUUCAAUCAUUCAUUUUUGAAGGGCAUUUAUUACUACAUAACUGUGUUUGGCAACUGAUUAGUUCCUCUGAAAUAUUUAUUGCAUUAAAUUCCGUAUACAUAACUUGAUGUUCUUGAUUUUUCUCAAAAACAAAUUAUUCUUGACAUUAAAACCAUGUUAUAUUGAUUGUUUUAUUCCUGUCUGGUUAUGUUAUACAUAAAAUUUCAAAAUGGAGUCAGAUCCCAUAACAUCAUAAUGCCAGUAAAAUGUAUUUAUUUAAUUAAUCUAUAUUCUAACUCUGCAUUUUCUUUCUUGCUAAUGUAGCUCCAUUUUCUUAUUUCUCAUGUAAACCAUAAAAUAAUAAGCAAAAUCUUCCUUUCUUACUUUUAACUACUGAAAAAAAUUGUGUGAUUAAAUACUUAAUCAAAAAAUGAAAACAGUUUGCUGCAAGGAAAAUUGUUGAAAAUUAUGUAAAAAAAAUAUCUUUAAAAAUAUUUUCAAUUUUUUUUUAAAUGCAUGGCAUUUAAAAUGAUACUAUUAAAAGGACAUUUUUUUUAAUUUUAAAGUAGUAUUAAAAAAUUCUUUAUUGUGAAAAAAUUCUAAAAUCUUGUUUAGUUUUUAAUUAAUUAACAUUUAUAAUGCAAAUUGAAAAAAAAAAUCACUUUAAAAGACAUUUUUCCACUCUCUAAGGUAUAUGGUUCCAAAUUCCAUUGUAUUCCAGCACUUUGUCAUGUAGAACACCAAUGCAUAUAUUCUUUUUAUUAUUAGCAGUUAUUAAUUCCUUUAAUAAGCAUCUGGUUCACUAUGUUAGUGAUAUAAUAAUUUAUAAAAGCAAAAUAGAUUUAAAAUUAAGUUGUUGAAAAUAUCCAUUAUUUAUUAAUCACUUGAAAUUAAUUCUAGCUCCAAUGAUGUACUUGUCACAAGCAGGCAGACUAGACAAUUGAAUAUUAGAUGUUUGUCAUGAAUAUCAGUCUUCAAAACUCUUCUAUUCUAAUGGGUCAAUUUACUUGGCAUCACAAUCAUAUGAUUAACAUCUUUGUUAUUACCAUCUAAUGAUGCACUGUCUUGCUCUAAACUGUAUUUUUUCAUUCCUAAUUCCUACCUGUUUUUGUUUAAUUUCUACAAAAAGUGCAGUGGAAUCUGUGUUGCAUGAUAUGCAGUUGGGUAACAAUAAUAAUUUGAGAUACAAUCUAAAGAAUCUGAGAUAUAAAAUUUGUUUUCUAAUAAUCUUGGGCAGAUGUGCCUUUAAAAAGUUACAAUACACUCACUUUUUAAAAACCUCUUUUGGCAUCUAUGCCUAUACACUCUAUUAGAUAUAUCAUAUGAUAACAUAAAUUGAGUCUAUUAUGGAGUGUCGUUUUUUUGUAUGUGAGAGGAUUUUUUUUUUCAUUGAAUUUUUAUAUUUGAAUAUGAUGGGCCACUCUGGCUAAUUUUCUAACUUUUUUUUUUUCUUUAGAAAGGUGAAUAAAAGUUAUGUUUUUAUUAAAGACAAUAUAGCAGCAAUUUAAAUAGCAACAAAAAAUGUGACUCCUUAACUAUUAUUUUUUGUUUUAUGUGAGAAAAUGUUUUUUUUUUAAUUUGUUUAUUUUCUUCCUCUACUUCUUUAGAGAAAGCAUUUCUAGCAUUUUCCCAACUGGUGUUCUGGGAUGAAUAGGUAAACACCAUGAAUGCAGUGUAGAUUUUUGUGCGAGAUAUUGUACUGCAGAGAAGAUCCUAUUUAAAAUUUGAUUGUGACCUUGCUGUUCAUGAGAAAUGUUUGAGGAUACUUUUUCUUAUCUGAAAACAUAAUAGAAGCCUAAUCAUGAAUAGCUCUGAAAUUUCCUUUUUACCGUGAUAUGUACAGUAAUUCCCUAAUUGUAACUAUGUUCUGUAAAUGCUAAUCCUGUAUAUUUGUGGGUUUACUUUUUCACCAUGCUUCUAGAAAUGUGUUUUCUUAACUGCUUUGUACAGUUGUGAUUGAAUGUGCAAAUUUCUAACUAUUCUGACAACUUAUCUAUGUUCAAUUGAAAUAGAUUCCUUAUUUUAAUACUUAAUUUUACAUUUCAGGAGUCAUUAUAUAGGUUUUUAUAUCAUUUAGGAUAUAAAGAGCUCCAUUUCAUUCUUUUAUAUUAUUAUUCAUUUAUUUAUCUUUAACGUACCUUUUUUCAACUGUUAAAUGUUUAGGGAAAUACCACUUUCAUAGAUUCAGAAGCUUACAAAAGCAAUAUAAAUGAAUUUGAUAUUUUUAGAAUUAUGUUUGGUACAUUUUAAGAACUCCGUUUAUGCAAGAUUUCUUCUCAAAUCUUAAAAAUUGUAAUGAAUUUUUAUUUUACUGCAUUCUAUAAAAUUUGUUUCUUUGAGAAGAUCAACAAAUCAAAAACAUUAAAUGUUAGAAAAAUGUAGGAAUUUCUGUUUUCUAGUUUCUUAUUUUGUUGCACUUCAUUUUAAUUUUAUUCUUUAUACUCCAUUGUAUGCAUUCUAUGUAUUAUGUACUUGAAAAAUAUAUAUGGAAAAUCCUGCUGAAUUAUCUGUUUGUUAAUUAAUAAUUGUUUAUUAGAUCUUCUAGUAAAUAUGAUUUAUGUUCAAUUUGACUAAAAACAAAAAAUAUAGUGGAAAACUUUUCUUUCUGUUUCCAUUGGAUCGUUUUCCAGCUUGGGUUUUUUUAACAUUUUAAGACUACUUUCAUUUGAGCAAUUCGUGUAAAUUGGGAGAAAACAUAUUUCAGCAUGGGAAGAAAUUACAUUUUAUGAAAGGCCACUUUAAGUGAAAGAAAAAAAAUCAAUUUUUGUUUAAUUCUAUUGCAUAAAAAAUAAUAUCUACAAUUAGUAUUUUUAAAAAAUUCUUAUUUUAUUUUUCUAUAAUAUCAGUUAGAUAUAUUAUAUCAGUAAUAGUUUUCAUGUCUUAAUUCUUUUUAUUGAGUCUUAUGAUAUGUAAACACUUUUUUUCCUUGUAGCUUAAAACAAACCUAAUUUCUUUAAACAAAAUAUUUGAAUAAAAUUUUUAUUAUGGAUCCGAUCGUAUUUAUGAAGUUUCCUCUUUCUAUUUCUGAGUGAUACUUGAUGUAUGUACAAGUUUUAUUGAACUGAAACUUCUCUGGGACUAUUUUUCAUAAUUUUAAGCAAUAAGCAUUUUAUUAUAUAGAGCGUAUGCAAUCUUUAUGUAUGAUCAAAUGAUCGUUUUUGUAUGUAAUGUUAUGUAUUAUGUAAAAUCCAGAAGAAUUAAAUUGGUACCUUGAAGCUUGCUUUACGUGCCAAAUGAUAGUAAUGUCUUGAUAUGAGAACACCCAUGUACUCAAUUUUUAUUCAGAUUAUAAUUAUUUUUAUAGUGUUGUGAGACAUAACUGAUGUUUUGAGACAUUUUGAUAAAACCAAGGCAAUAAAAUGCAUGAAUGUGACAAAUUAUACAUUCUGUCAUUAACAGUUACCAGUUUAUAAAGUAAAAUUGUCCUCUUAGUUGUUUUUACACAAAUAUAUGAUCUUUCUUCUUUGUGUAAUCAUGCAUUUUAAAAUCAAGUUUCAAUUUCAUAAUUUAAUAUAUUAUUUUAAAGAAAUUAUUUUAAAUUAUUGUUAUUAAAUUGAAGAUAACUGGAGUCUGAAAAUUUUAAUAAUAAAGGUAAUUUUAGAGAAGAAGCAUUCAGCCUUAAGUUGCUGUUUGCAAAAUCUGCGCAUUAAUUUUAAGAAAGGUAAAAGCUUCUUGAAACACUACUAUAGGUAUAGAAGAGCUGUGUCGGAAAAUAAAAGCAUUCACCAUUGUUUUGUUUCGUUUUUCUCAAUGAAAUGGCAAUAAAAAUAUAUAUUUAUAUUUAAAUCAAAUAUAUAAAGAUCAUGCAAUAAUGUAGAUUAUAAUAUAUUUUUAAAAAGUUUGUUUAGUGUAUUAAAUGUUUACAUAAAGCCACUCAA